UUGGAAAUAUUUAAACAUAUUUGAAUCAAAUGUGUUCCCGGGUCUGGGGAUUUUAUUUUUUGUGUUGGCGACCCUGUCGACAUAACCUUUUCGAGAACAGCUGUCUCCCCAUAUAACAGAGUACAAGAAAUCUAUUAAAAAACAGCAAAAAUUCUAGCCGCAAUGGAGUACAUGCAAUACGAGAAUAUUUGGCUCACCAAAUCAAUUUACGAGGACGCAGAGACAAAGUAUUACGAGAACUUGGCAAAGGCGUCCGUAACUCCUUUGGCGGGCGAAGUUGCCAAGGCGCGACAACUUCUUAUUCAAAGUAGGGAUUCUUUUAAAGAUGCCCCUGCGUCCGAGACCCAAUCCACUGAUCACGGCGCGAUCAAAUUCUUCGAGAAAAAGGCCGUCGAAUUUGAGAAAACUAUUAACGCGAUGGUGGAGAGCAUAAAACAGCUAGAAUUGCGUCUUUCCAAAGUCGAGAAAAGCGUCAAUUCCGCUCCCAAACCUGCACCAGCCCCGAAACCCGCCGCUGACGACGACGACGACGUCGAUCUGUUCGGCUCCGAAUCCGAGGAGGAGAACGAAGCCGCCGCCAAGCUGAGGGAGGAGCGUCUGGCUGCUUACAACGCGAAAAAGUCUAAAAAGCCGGCUUUAAUCGCAAAAUCGAACGUGAUCCUCGACGUGAAGCCCUGGGAUGACGAAACCGACAUGAAAGAGCUCGAAAACCAAGUCAGGAAGAUUUCAUCGGACGGCCUCCUCUGGGGGGCCGCCAAACUGGUCCCUUUGGCUUACGGCAUCCACAAAUUGCAAAUCUCGUGUGUUGUUGAAGACGAGAAAAUUUCAAUUGACUGGCUACAGGACGAAAUCACAGCAAUUGAAGACUACGUCCAGAGUGUGGAUAUUGCGGCCUUCAACAAGAUCUAAGCGACCCUUUGUACUUUUUUAUUUAAAUAAAUAAAGUGGCCCCGGUUUCAUUUCCAAAUAAAUAUAGUUAAUUUUUA